AGUCCGGCGCAGGACACCGAGCUUUUGCACCCCAGCUGGUUCCGGCUGGAGAAAAUGGCGGUGACUGGGGCGUUGUCCCAGGAGCAGCUGGUGGGCUGGUGCACUCAGCAGUUGCGGAAGACUUUCGGGCUGGAUGUCAGUGAGGAGAUAAUACAGUAUGUUUUGUCAAUUGAGAGUGCUGAAGAGUUACGAGAAUAUGUUACUGACCUUCUUCAGGGAAAUGAGGGCAGAAAAGGUCAAUUCAUAGAAGAGCUUGUAACUAAAUGGCAAAAGAAUGAUCAGGAGCUGAUUUCUGAUGCUCUGCAGCAGUCCUUCAAAAAAGAUGAAAUUUUAGAUGGGCAGAGGUCAGGAGACCAGCUAAAGAGGAGUAGGCGGAAAGGGAGAAACAGACAGGAAGUUCCUGCAUUUACUGAACCUGAUACAACCAUAGAGGUCAAAACACCUUUUGAUUUGGCCAAGGCACAAGAGAACAGCAGCUCCUUAAAGAAGAAGACGAAGUUUGUCAGUUUAUAUACAAAAGAGGGACAGGACAAGCUUGCAGUCCUGAUCCCUGGUCGCCACACUUGUGAUUGCCUGGGCCAGAAGCACAAGCUGAUCAAUAACUGUCUGAUCUGUGGGCGUAUUGUCUGUGAACAAGAGGGUUCCGGCCCCUGCUUAUUCUGUGGUACUCUGGUAUGUACUCGUGAAGAACAGGAUAUUUUACAGCGUGACUCAAACAAGAGCCAGAAACUGCUGAAGAAGCUCAUGUCAGGGACAGAGAAUUCUGGAAAAGUGGACAUCUCUACCAAGGACCUUCUUCGUCAUCAAGAAUUGCGAUUUAAAUCUGGUCUGGAGAAAGCUAUCAAGCAUAAAGACAAACUGUUAGAGUUUGACAGAACUAGCAUUCGAAGGACCCAUGUCAUUGAUGAUGAGUCAGAUUACUUUGCCAGUGAUUCUAACCAGUGGUUGUCCAAAAUUGAACGGGAAGCCCUACAGAAGCGAGAGGAGGAGCUGAGAGAAUUUCGACAUGCCUCUCGGCUCUCGAAGAAGAUCACCAUUGACUUUGCAGGCAGGAAGAUCAUGGAAGAUGAAAAUCCUCUAACUGAGUAUCACAGCAAACUAGAUGAGGCAAUACAUGCCCUUGCCAAUGGAACCUUGAACCAACCACCGACCAAAUUGGAUAGAUCUUCUGAAGAGCCUUUAGGACUUCUGGUGAAUCCCAACCUGUACCAGUCGCCUCCCCAGUGGAUAGAUCAGACGGGUGCAGCCUCACAGAAGAAGGCUUUCCAUUCAGCAGGAUCAAGACUAGAGUUCAGUUCAUGUCGGCAUCAGUUUCGAAUCCAGGACCAAGAAUUUCAGGAAGGCUUUGAUGGUGGCUGGUGCCUCUCUAUGCAUCAGCCUUGGGCUUCUCUACUUGUCAGAGGGAUUAAAAGGGUGGAGGGCAGAAGCUGGUACACCCCACAUAGAGGACGACUUUGGAUAGCAGCCACAGCCAAAAGACCCUCUCCUCAAGAAGUUUCAGAACUCCAGACUACAUAUCUUCUCCUUCGUGGGAAAGAUGUGGAAUUUCCCAAUGACUAUCCAUCAGGUUGUCUUCUGGGCUGUGUGGACCUAACUGACUGCUUGUCCCAGAAGCAAUUUAAGAAUCAGUAUCCAGACAUGAGUCAAGAAUCUGAUUCUCCAUUUGUUUUCAUCUGCACAAAUCCCCAGGAAAUGAUUGUGAAGUUUCCUAUUAAAGGAAGUCCAAAAAUCUGGAAACUGGAUUCCAAGAUCCAUCAAGGAGCAAAGAAGGGGUUAAUGAAGCAGAAUAAAGCUGUCUGACCCAGGAAAAAAGGAACUAUACAGCAUAGUGGAGUUUUGUGUACUAAAAUUGCUAUCCACUGGUCCUUUGGAAUUGAAGCAGUAGACAUCUAAAGGCUUGGCAUCAGGCUUGAACCUCUCAGAAUUUAAACUCAUCAAAAUCUGUAUAUUUUUCUUAAAGAGUGGGAUUCUUACUUUAUGUAGUGGGUCAAAAAUCUUUGGAUACAUUAUUUAUAAAGACUUAUUUUAAAAAUUCUA